AGAAAGAUGUCCAAAACUCGACAUCUAUAUUAAUAACAUCACACACCUUCUUGUUCUCUACACCUUUUAUAUAAACAAACCAUCCAUAGUUACCAAAGCCACAACAAAACACAUGGCUAAGCUCAUUUUCUUCCUCGCCGUCCAAAUCCUCCUCCUCGCCGUGGUUUCUUCUGCCGGAGAUGGCGAAGACUUCUUUAGAACCAUGGACCGGAAACUUCUUGGUCUCCACAAAAAGGAGAAACUUACCCAUUUCAAAGUCUAUUGGCACGACAUCUUAAGCGGUCCGAACCCAACCUCCAUCAUGAUCCAACCACCGGUUACAAACACUUCAUACUUUGGAGCCAUCUCCAUGAUCGACAACGCUUUGACGGCCAAAGUUCCGAUGAACUCCACGGUGUUAGGUCAGGCUCAAGGGUUUUACGCCGGAGCGGCACAAAAGGAGUUGGGUUUUCUGAUGGCGAUGAACUUUGCUUUUAAGACAGGGAAAUAUAACGGAAGUACGAUCGCGAUUCUUGGUAGGAACACGGCGAUGUCAGAAGUCAGAGAAAUGCCGAUCGUCGGAGGAAGUGGGCUUUUCCGAUUUGCUAGAGGCUAUGUUGAGGCUAGGACAAAGUGGAUUAAUCUCAAGAACGGUGAUGCUACUGUUGAGUAUAGUUGUUACGUGUUGCAUUAUUGAGGUUAAAAAUAUUUUUGUCGUUUUUCUAUAUUUAAUUUGACUACGCAAUAAAUAAUGAAUAAAACGGGAUUUCAAUCUAUUGAGUUUUCUUAGUUCUUUUUUUUUUGUAUUUGGUUCUAUGGUGUGUGUGGUGGACGUUGUGUGGGAAGUGUUUGUAGUUUAUAAUUUAUAAUAAUUAUCUAGUUUUUUUUA